AUGGACAUCCCCAUCAGCAGCAGAGACUUCCGCUGCCUACAGCUGGCCUGGGUGGCCCUCAGCCUGGUGGCCGGCAGCAUCAUCAUCGGUGUGUCCGUGUCCAAAGCUGCAGCUGCCGUGGGUGGCAUCUUCAUUGGCGCCGCUGGUCUGGGGAGCCUGAGAAUCCACCCCCACCCAGGGCCAGACCAUGGGGAGGGAAGAUCCAGUGCCAACGGCAAUAAAGAGGGAGCCCGCAGCAGCCUGUCCACGGUGAGCAGAACACUGGAGAAGCUGAAGCCAGGGGCCCGGGGGGCUGGGGAGGGCUGA